CAAAAUUUCUUAGGACCAUUGCUGCCGUAUUCUGAAUAAAAAAUUUCCAUUUACAUCAAACAUUUAUCGAAUUGGAUUCAAAAUUGCUACCUCAAUGUACAGUUUAGCUCAAUCUGCUUCUAUGAUGGUGGAAUUCAUAGUACUUUUUUGUCCAUCACACGAAUAAUUCGCGAGUUCGGAGCAAUUGGUCCGCGGCUAUUACAACCCGCGUCGUUAUUGUCAUCAUAGUAGUGAAGUCUCGUUCGUGAGUGGGGUACAGCGGUCGUGUUACGUAGGUGUGGUGCGGAUAUUGUAACAACAUCAAGAUGAAUGCAGGGGCAGUGAGACAGGUGCGGCGGAAUGUCCGCAAUGUUGUCCACAACUACACAGAUGCACAGGUCAAGGUCCGCGAGGCCACAUCCAACGACCCAUGGGGCCCGUCGUCCACGCUCAUGUCGCAGAUCGCCGAGUACAGCCACAACAUGGUCGCCUUCACGGACAUCAUGCAGAUGAUCUGGCGCCGACUGAACGACCACGGCAAGAACUGGCGUCACGUGUACAAGGCGCUGGUGCUCAUGGACUACCUGAUCAAAACGGGCAGCGAACGGGUGGCCCAGCAGUGCAAAGAGAACAUCUUCGCCAUUGAGACGCUCAAGGACUUCCAGCACUUCGAGGAGAACACGGAUCACGGACGCGCCAUUCGCGAGCGGGCCAAGCAGCUGGUGACGCUGCUGCAGGACGAGGAGAAGCUGAAGCAGGAGCGGCAGCGGGCCAUCAAGGCGCGCGAGCGUUUCCUCGAGAGCAGCCAGGGCCUGGCCGGCCUGGACAGGCCGCGUGACCACAGUCCGGGCCCCAUGAGCCCGACCGAGCGGCCGGUGGACGUAACGCGGCCGGCGGCGCCCGAUCUGGAGAUGGCGCGACCGCAGACCUCCGGCGAGGAGGAGCUCCAGCUGCAGCUGGCCAUCGCCAUGUCGCAGGAGGAGGCGGAGCGCGAGCGACAGCGCUCCCGCUCCGACGAGGUCCGCCUGCAGAUGGCGCUCAAGGAGUCGGAGCACGACGUGGCGCCCGCCAGUGCGGCCGGCGCCGGCGGCCUGCGCCGGCCGCCCGGCGAGCGGCCCUCGGCCAUGACCGACCUGCUCUCGCUGGACCUGGGCGGAGGAGCCGCCGCCGCCACCGCCACCGCCCCGGCCGCGGCCGCGGCCCCGGCGGCGGUGGUCGCCGACCCGUGGGGCCUGCCCGCGCCGGCCCCAGCCAAGCCGCAGGUCAGUCAGCUGGUGACGCCCGGCACGGGCCGUGUGUCGCUGAGGCGCGGGGUGCCGAGCUGGGCCAGCUGCUGGGAUAUGUCACCGCUUACCUGCUGUUUUGCUCACAUGCCACCGCGUUGGAUUGGUGUUUGGCCGUUGUCUGGCGUGCGGUCGUGGAUGGGCGUUGUUUCAGAGCGACUCUGGGCUGUUUUGCUCCCAGCGUGUUGUCGCACAUGCUCUCUGGGUGUGCUUGUCGCCCGUUCGGCUCUACCGGCCGCCGCAGAGUCGCCGCCCACUAACCGCACGCUGGGUGCCGUGCGUUGGUCGUGGGCCGCCGCCGCCGCAGCACCAGCCUCCAUCGACCCCUGGGGCAUGCCCGUGCAGCCGGCGGCGCCCGCCCCUAAACAGGCGGCGCAGAACGACCCGUGGAGCGGCGUGUCGACGCCGGUGGCCGCCGCCGACCCGUGGUCACCGCUGGACAGGCCGCCGUGGGCGCCGCUGGCGGCGGCCGGCCCCGCCUCGCCGGCCGCCUCCGACCCGUGGGCUCCACUGCAUAGCCAGCAGCCGACCUCGCCCCCCAGCGACGAGGACGAGUUCGCCGAACUGACGCAGCGCUCCGGCGGCGCCACCAACGGCGCGCGCGGCGCCAGCAGCUCGCCGUGGGACAUGACCGGCCUGGGCGUGACGCUGACACCAUCGCCGGUGGGCGGCGCCUCGGCGGCCGCGCCGGCGCCUGCCAAGCCGCCCACCUCCAAGUCGCCGCACUCGUUCCUCGGCGAGAACAGCGGCCUGGUGAACCUGGACAACCUGAUCGGCGCUCCGGCGCCUCAGCCCGCGCCGGCCGCGCAGGCGAACCCGUUCGGCUGGACGCCAAGCGGCGCGGUGGCCAUGGCCAACCCCUUCCAGGCGCAGAACCCACCACCGCCAUCUAUCAACCAGAUUCGGGACCGCAGGUUCGAGCCGGCCCAGUCGACCAACCCGUGGACGUCGCCCGCCAGCGCCGCCAACCCGUUCCUGUCGUAACUGCAGUGUGCGGCAGCGGCCGACAGGUGGCAGUGUAGGACAACGUUCGGAACCGUGCCUCAGACUCCCGUUGGGCCGCAUGGCCUACUCGCACCAGCUAUGUAAAGCCCGAGUCCUUUUGAUUGUUUAUGUGGUCGGUGUAGCAACGCAUCUCUAUGUUAUCGAGUUAAAACUGUGGGGCGGCGGGCGGGCGCCGCGCUGUAGUUCUGUUUAUACUCCGCGUGGGAUGCGCCAGGCCGCCUGCGAUUGGUCGGCCGGCCUGUCAGCCGCCUGCAGUGAGGGACGAGUGAGCGAGCCGCGGCCGCGCGACGCCGGCGCGCUCGCGACCGCGCGCUGGCGUCAGCCUUACGUGGCCGCGGGACGGGAGCCAGCGCCGCCGCCCGGCCCGCCCUCCUCUGUCGGCGGCGCUGGCGGCGCGCCUGCAGCUCGGCGUGGCACGUGGCCCCCCGCGGCGGCCAGCUGGCGGUCCGCUGCGCCACGGCACGGCGACGAUAAUCAUAUAUUGUGGGGACCGUGUGAGUGCGUCAGAAACAGGUAUCGUAGCGCCGCGGCGGCCGCCGCGCGCAUCAUUAGUUGACCCGCUGGCCGCUGGGGGUCGGGGACGCCCGCCCGGCGGCGGCGGUGGUCGGGUUUCGCGGUGCUGGCCGGAAGCGGGACCGGACGGCGAUCGGCGGCGGCGACGUUCGGCAGCUGGUCACAACUCAGGGCGAGGCCCGCCGCCAGCAGCAGAGGCGACCGAGAGCCAGCCGCCCGCCGCCCGGGCAGUACCGCGGUCUCGCCGGCCCGCCGCCUGGAGCGCCUCCCAGCACGCCUAGAGACCUCGCGCCGGACCGGCGACGUGUGAUGUGCUCCCCUCGACGGCCGUCACACAGCAGCGGCCGGCGCCGGCACAGCCAGCGACUAACGAACGUGGCCCGCGCGGUGCCGCCGAGCUAGUAUUUAUUCAGAGCGUGUCUGGACCGCCGGGCCGGCCGUGCCGCUCCCCGCCCUGCCUACCGCUAAUACAGGCUAUUUUUAUGCGGAG